CUAAGCAAGCAGGAAUGAUGCUUUCGGAAAACAGAACCAAUUACUGGCAUUUUGAAAAAGUUACUCAGAGGAUGCUGCCAGUCAUAUAAAGGAUCCUCUGCUUCACAUUAUGAAAGAAAGACGUGAACUACAAACCUGAAUGAAACCUGGAAUUUCCAAGCAGAUGAUCUUGUGACAGCCUUUUCAAGAGUCCAGUUAUCAGGCAAAAGGACCAUCCAGAUAACUGGAAAUUCAAUACCAACCAAUCCUAAAGAGGAAAGUUUGUGCUUUUGAAAUAUAUUCCUGCAAGGAUUUAAGAGAAGAGAUAUAUCAGUAAAAAUAGGGAUCCCACAUACCCCAGCUGUGCCUCCUCAGAUCUGUACAACACUGAUUCGGACUAUCCAAAAAUUUCAACUGUUCCAGCUGUCACAGAAAAGAACUGGGGUCAGCUGAAUGUCAGGAUGCAAGUAGUAACUAUUAUAUUACUACUUCUUCUUUGUAAUACAUCUGACUGUAGGAGGACAAGGAAUAGGAGUUUGAGAAACAAUGAAAGGGAAAAGGUCUUAAGGAGAGCAUCUAGCACUGUUAAGCGCAAUGCCCGAGGUCUAACAUGUGAUAUUUACACUUAUCUUCAUGAGAAAUACUUAGACUGUCAGGAAAGAAAAUUGGUUUUUGUGGCACCUGAUUGGCCAGAGGAUAUAAAACACAUGCUGUUAGCAAGAAACAGGAUUCGUAAAUUAAAGAACAAUAUGUUUUCCAAGUAUAAUGUAAUGAAAAGUCUGGAUUUACAACAGAAUGACAUAUCAAAAAUUGAGAGUGAAGCUUUUUUUGGUUUGGAUAAACUUACCACACUCUUACUUCAGCAUAACCAAAUAAAGAUUUUAUCUGAAGAGAUUUUUAUUUACACGCCCAGUCUAAACUACCUACGUCUCUAUGACAAUCCCUGGCAUUGCAGCUGUGAACUAGAAACUCUUGUUACAAUGCUACAGGUUCCAACAAACAGGAAUUUGGGAAAUUAUGCCAAAUGUGUGCACCCAAUAGAACUGAAAAAUCAAAAGCUAAAGCAGAUAAAAGCUGAUCAGCUAUGUAGUGAAGAGGACAGGCAGGAACCCAAAAAUAUAAAACGUGACAAGCCUGAAUCUGUCAAACCAGAAUUUGAUUCCUCUUUGUGCCACAUGUAUGUGUUCCCUGUGACAACUCUGAACUGCAAAAGAAAAGAUUUAAAGAAAGUUCCAGGUAACAUACCUCCAGAUAUAGCUAAACUUGAUUUGUCCAACAACAAAAUUAGACAGCUACGAGCCAAGGAGUUUGAAGAUGUCAAUGAACUGAAGAUAUUGAAUCUAAACAGUAAUGGAAUAGUAUACAUUGAUCCUGCUGCUUUUUCAGGCCUCAAUAACUUAGAGGAGCUGGAUCUAUCAAACAACAGCUUGCAGAACUUUGAAUAUGGAGUACUGGAAGAUCUCUACUUUCUGAAAAUACUGUGGCUGAGAGAGAAUCCUUGGAGAUGCGAUUACAACAUACAUUAUCUUUUCUACUGGCUGAAGCAUCACUACAACGUUCACUACAAUGGCCUAGAAUGCAAAAUGCCUGAGGAAUACAAAGGAUGGUCUGUUGGAAAAUAUGUUCGAAGUUAUUAUGAGGAAUGCCCAAAAGACAAGCUUCCCAUUUAUCCAGAAACUUUUGAUCUGGACAAAGAUGAUGAGGAAUGGGAACGACACAAAGACCAAACAGUUCAGACAGUAAAGAAGCAUGGUGUAAUUGUCACUGUGAUAGGCUAAUAAGGGAACCCUUUCCCUUAUUAGAUUUAGAUAUUUGGUACUCUGAAAAAGAAAAACAUGCUGUUUACAUUUGUUCUAAGUAUUCUGUUGGUUUAUAGGACUAUCUGCCUACAAAGAUGUCUCUUUACUGCAGAUAAUAACUACAGAAUGACAUUAGUUCAACAGCAUCCUUCAUCUAGUAAUUGUUUUUGAAAGUUUGUUCUGGACACUCUUGUGAAAUAUUUUGGUAAAUAUUUGAAACUAUACAGAUGGACACAAAUGUACAUAAUAUGGUGGGUAGGAGCUGUCCUAUGUAUGAACACAUUUUAUGUGUUCACACAGAAAUAGCUGCAGGAUUGUGACCAAGACACAUUUUUCUUGAAUGUAUUGACAAUUCCUUGUAUCUAUCAGUUUCCUGGAAUAUUCCCAGAAAAUAUUUCUAAGAUUUUUAUAUCGACUUUCUGUAGUUUUAUUGUAGACAAAAAAAACCAAAACUAAGACUAACCUUAAAUACAGUUCUAGAAAAAGACGAAUGGCAGUUGUUAUACUAAUUAGGAUUCAAACACAGAAGGUGGGUUCCACUUGCUGAUUUACCAGUGUUCCUCCUCAGUCUUGAAGGAGUAACUCAGCCUCUGCCUCUUGCAUACCUGAGCUGCCUUAAAACAAUAAGCAGCUGGUUGGCUCCCAAGAUCCACCUCCAUAUGCUCAUAAUUGAUUUGUUUGGUUUUUGAGGCAGGCAGAGCUGAGAUAUUUCUGGGAAGAAUUUUAGGUUGUUGUAUCAGUUUGCCACAGAUACCAUGCCAUCACUUCUAGGUGAUGAGGAUCACACAAAGGAUGCUGUGGUCUGCAUCCAGCACAUCGGUGCCCACCCAAACUGAAGGUAAGUAUGCUUUGAGAGCUCAGAAGUGUGGGACAGUCUCUAAGUCCAUUUUUCUCUCAGCUUGUUUGUAAAGUGCACAUUACAGCACCUCCUUGUCAAACAACUAUGUAUGUGAACAUGCAUUGAUUAAAACCUGUGAUCAUUCCAACACUACAAUAACAGGGUAGUACAAAUGCCUCAGCUAAAUAGAUGAUAUCUCUAAAGAAAAAUUCCUUGCUACAUAAUAUACUUAGAUCACUAAGAAAUGCGUAAGUGCAGAGUAGA